AUGUACACGGUCGACGUCGAGCUCGGCACUCCUCCCCAGACCUUCUCCGUCCACAUCGAUACCGGUUCGUCCACUUCAUACUUCCUCUCCAAGAACUGCACCAUCAGGGCGUGUACUACCAACAACAUUCCCCUGUUCGACUACAAUGCGUCAUCCACUUUCGCCCUCUGGGACACAAACGCCCGCAAGUCGCUCACCUAUGGGUCAGGUUUUGCUGCAGGCCUCUGGUCUAACGACACCAUGGCGAUUGGGCCUUUCAAGGUCGAGAAGCAGUCAUUCAUGGCUGCGUACAACACCGACGCAGGUUAUGUUGGAUCGAGAUCCUCCGGUCUUCUUGGCCUCGGCUUCCCGAGCAUCACCGCAGCCAACGAGGUUCCUUGGUGGACCAACGCCAUGGAGCAGUGGGACGACAAGCGCUUUGGCAUCUAUCUUGAGCGGGGUGGCCUCAACGACAUUCCUCCCGGCACGGAAGGCAACCAAACCACGGGCUUUCACCAGAGCGCUGGCGGCACUCUCACCCUUGGCGGCGUCGCUGAAGAGCUAUACACUGGCGAGGUCAACUACGUCCCUGUGACCGAGAAGCGCUACUGGAUGGUCGACUUUGACGGUGCCAAGGUGAACGGCAAGGCCAUCGUUCCUCAGGGCAAGCGUGCCAUCUUGGACACAGGCUCGACUCUCAACUACUUCCCUACUGCCUACGCAAAGGAGUUUUUCGCCCAGGUCCCCGGCGCCGUCGAGGCUCCGCAGAUGGGAGCCGGUAUGUGGUCGGUACCGUGCAAGACCGAUACCAAGAUUCAGUUCACCUUUGGCGGUGUCGACUACGACAUUUUCCCCGACGACUUUAACUUCAGCGUUCUUGACGAGGCCGAGGGCACGUGUCUUUCGCAGAUCAUUGGUCUCAGCCCCGGCUCCAUGGCCGAGUUCCUUUUCGGCGCCGCUUUCCUCAAGAAUGUCUACUCUAUCCACCGCCCCGAGCCGGCUGCCGUUGGCUUCGCCAAGCUUGCGAAGCAGAGCACUCCCUACAAUGGCUGGCCUGAGUACAAGGGAAACGGCACCACCACGCCUGCGCCAGGAACCAGCACCUCCGCUGCUAUCACCACUCCUACACCCCCUGAGAGCAGCUCGGCUGUUGCCUCCGCUUCGUCUGCUGCUCCUCCCACUGCGGUGAACAGCUCACCCCCUGUCGCUGCCUCUUCUACUGCUUCGUCCACACCGGUUGUCAGCUCCGCCCCUCUGCCAACCUCUUCCGCUCCGGCCACCGAAGCUAUUCUGCCCGCCGAGCCUACCCCCUCCGCCGAGCCAACACCAUCCGCCGAGCCGACGCCGUCCGCUAACACCUCCUCGCAGGCCGCAAAUCCCUCCACUAUCCCCCUCCCGGAGACUAGCGCCCUGCCCGGCGCUGGCGAGAACCAGGGCGUGCCCUGCAACACCACCAAGAACGAGUUCCCCUUCAAGCCUUACUGGGAUGAGAACGGUCGCCUUAGAUGGCGCAAGUUCGGCAAGGGCCGCAAGGGUCGCAAGAACCGCCAGCACGACUAA